AUGAGAAGAAAUGAAAAUACUAGAGUUAUGACAGAUGCCAUUAACAGAAGAACAGAUGAGAUUGAGAAUUGCCAUGACAGAAAUUUUGACUAUAAUGCUGAGCCAAUUAAUCAGGCAGCCACUGAUAGAGAUGAACCAUACAGUAACAUGCCAAAUGCCCUUCACAUAGACAUCAAUGUUCCACAACAACAUGAUAGUCAACCAGAACCUAGAAGAAUUUCAUUUCCUGUGAGAACUUGCCCCCUAACAAAAAAAUCCUAUGUUUCAUCUAUUACUUCAACACAUGAACCACAAUCUUAUCAUGAAGCAGUACAACAUAAUGAGUUGAAAGAGGCCAUGCAAUAUGAAAUUGAUGCCUUGAUUCAGAACAACACAUCGGCUCUAAUAGAUUUCCCUAAGGGAAAAUCACCUAUUGGUUGUAGAUGGGUAUACAAAGUAAAGCAUAAGGCAGAUGGAACCAUAGAAAGAUAUAAAAGCCAGGGCUGGGAUAUUCAGCAGCUUGACAUCAACAACGCCUUUCUACAUGGUGACUUGAAUGACGAAGUUUAUAUGGUCUUGCCCCAGGCUAGCAGGCAAUGGAAUGUAAAGUUAACAAAAGCUUUGCAAGCUCAAGGUACAGAUCCUGAUCAGAUCAAAGGAUUAAAGCAUAUGCUAGAUACAUCCUUCAAAAUUAAAGAUAUUGGCAACCUGAAUUAUUUUCUGGGAAUUGAAGCGUUCAGGAAUCUUAAUGGCAUUAGCUCAAGACUCAACAAUACUGAAGGCACACUACUAGACAAUCCUGAAAUCUUUAGAAGUGAGGCAAAAGGUGCAAGAAGAGUGGUGAAACUAGUGAGCAUUCCUUCAAAUAAACAACUAGCAGAUGGAUUCACUAAGAAUUUUCUUUCUUUCCUUAAUGUGAUGCUCCAUAGCUCAUCGAAUUCCAACAAGAAACUGUCCCAAACUCCAUUGCUGUACAAGAACCCCAGGGGACAUAUAACUUGGCAUACUAGGAAAUCCAUGGCUCACAAUUGCAUUUCUAUGGAGAUUUACUUCAACAACAUUGAACAUUACAAUGAUGAGCAUUCACUUGAAAAAACAAGUGCUCAACAAGCUUAA